GGUCCAAGAUAGUUGAGCAAGGCAUGCAGGACUUGUCGGACAAGGUUCUCACAGAGGUAUUUACUUCCUGGGUAUUGCUAGAUGAACACCUCCAUUUUCAGAGAUCGCUGGCGGAUACCAAGCCCAAGCGUAUUCGCAGUUCGGUCGAUCCAGUACUUGGCCUCCUGACCAAUUGCAUGAAAGCUGAGUCCCUCGCAGCCAGUCAGCUCCGCGAGGCAUUUCAAAGCGCGCAGAAGAACCCUUCGAAGGCCACGCGUUUUGACACGUCGCUGUGCCUGCCAGGACGUGAGGAGCAGCACGUUGAGAUUCUCAUCUUUCGUGCGCAGAGUGGCGUGGAUUCAAAGUCGAGGGCUGAUGUGGAGGAACCAGGAUCCAACAGGUGUGCUUUAUGCCCCCAGCUGGAGACCGGACUUCCCAGCUAUUUGGUUGGUAUAGUGGCGAAGCCGCCUCCAGUCAGCGAACCUUCUAUCCGGCCAGCCUCGCAGCGGGUCGAUAGCUUGGCAGUGAGCGAGUUAUCGGGCGGCUCUGCUGACGCCAGUGUGUUAUCGGGCGCCGCGCGAGAUCGGCGACUGCUAGGCGAAGAUAAUCGCAGCAGCAGCAUUUUUGAUAUUCCAGCGGUGCGACAAGACGAGAACACCGGAGACAAGAGCUUUGCGGAGCUGGUGGAAUUGGGUCGGCGCGAGCACUGGAUCGUCGAGCCGCACCAACUUUGCUUGCUGGAAAACAAGGUUUUAGGUAGUGGGACCUUUGGCACUGUCUUGGGGGGCACUUUCUAUGGAGCAUCUGUGGCGAUCAAGAUGCCGAACUCUGACAAGAAAGAACAUUUGCCACUGCUCAACGAGCUGCGGACCCUCCGGCGGCUGCGACAUCCCAACAUUGUCCUCUUCCUGGCCGCGCACGUCACGCCAUCCUCGAACGACAUGGCACUGGUCUUCGAGCUGAUGGAGGGGCCAACCCUUCACGACUGGAUGAAAGCUCAGCCUCAUCCCAUUGAGUUUGAUCCAGGCAAGCUAAGCGUCCUGCGAGACAUCUCUCUAGCGCUCCGAUAUCUCCAUCAGCAAGAGAAGACGCUGGUGCACGGCGAUCUAAAGGGUUCCAACGUGUUUGUAGAGGGCACUGGAGCCUUACCUCGCGCCAAGCUGGGUGACUUCGGCUUGUCGAGGUUUCUCUACAAGACGGAGCACGUCAUGGGCGGAAGCUUGAGAUGGAUGGCACCGGAAAUUGCUACAGGCCACGACCGUUCUCCGUCCUGCAAGGCUGAUGUCUUCUCGUUGGGAGCCCUGAUGAGUUUCGCUCUGACGGACAUCAAGCCCUUUGAGGGGGUGGACCGCAACCAGAUCCUGAGCAUGAUGAGGAAGGGCAAGCUGCCCCGCCUCAACUGGCCUCUGAGAGACACAGAGCAGCUCAGUCAACUGGUGCGCAUGGGAGAGAUGUGCUACAGCGUUGACCCGUCCAAGAGGCCAGAUAUCAUGCAGGUUCUGGAAGUGAUUGGUUGGUGUCAUGCCAGCUUUGAGCUUCACUGCAGUCCAUCUGUACUCACUUGAAACAAGCUCACUGGCUCUGAACCUGGUAUACCGUGGUCAGAAUCUGUGAAGGAUAAAUGUAU